CCUCCACUGUCACGAGACCCUUGACCCCGUCAUGAGACCCCUGACCCCUCCACUGUCACGAGACCCCUGACCCCGUCACGAGACCCCUGACCCCUCCACCCGUCAUGAGACCCUUGACCCCUCCACUGUCACGAGACCCCUGACCCCGUCACAAGACCCCUGACCCCUCCACUGUCACGAGACCCCUGAUCCCGUCACAAGACCCCUGACCCCUCCACUGUCACAAGACCCCAGACCCCUCCACUGUCACGAGACCCAUGACCCCUCCACCCGUCACGAGACCCCGGACCCCUCCACUGUCACGAGACCCCUGACCCCUCCAGCCGUCACGAGACCCCGGACCCCUCCACUGUCACGAGACCCCUGACCCCUCCAGCCGUCACGAGACCCCUGACCCCUCCACCCGUCACGAGACCCUUGACCCCUCCACUGUCACGAGACCCCUGACCCCGUCACAAGACCCCUGACCCCUCCACUGUCCCGAGACCCCUGAUCCCGUCACAAGACCCCUGACCCCUCCACUGUCACAAGACCCCAGACCCCUCCACUGUCACGAGACCCAUGACCCCUCCACCCGUCACGAGACCCCGGACCCCUCCACUGUCACGAGACCCCUGACCCCUCCAGCCGUCACGAGACCCCGGACCCCUCCACUGUCACGUCACCCCAGACCCCUCCAGCGUCACGAGUCCCCGGACCCCUCCACCCGUCACGAGACCCCGUACCCCUCCAUCCGUCACCAGACCCCUGACCCCUCCACCUGUCACCAGACCCCUGACCCUUCCACUGUCAGGAGACCCGGACCCCUCCACUGUCACGAGACCCCUGACCCCACCACCCGUCACGAGACCCCUGACCCUUCCACCCGUCACGAGACCCCUGACCCCUCCACCCGUCACUAGACCCCUGACCCCUCCACCUGUCACGAGACGGAUCAUGAGACAGUGUAGCGCCGCCCCUCCUGUGAAGGAUGCUCCAGGUCAAUUCGAUUAUUAUUAUUAUAUCCACAGACUAAAUCAAGAUGGACGAUAUGAGGUCAAAUCAUCAUGAUCUCCCCUUGGUGUCUGGCUGAAGUACAGGUCAUAAGCCCCGCCCCCCUCCACAUUAGCAGAUGGGACGUAGAUCAAGGUUAAAAAUCAAAGUAGAUGAUAAAGUCAGGUGGCCGCAACUGAGUGACUAUCGGGACACUUUAUGAUGUUGGUUCUGUGUACGGGUUAGUUGGUCCGGAUGUCGGAGGACCAGCAGCACCAGCGGGCCGACGCCCCCCGGCGGUCGGAGGGCAGUCUGGAGGCAGUGGAGGGUGACACGGAGCCCAGCAUGCUGCUGCAGAAACUGAAGAACAACAUCUCGAAGAGUGUUCAGACCAAAGUGGACCAGAUCCUGCAAGACGUCCAACGUUUCUCCGACAAUGACAAGCUGUACCUGUACCUCCAGCUGCCCUCGGGACCCGGCGCCGCAGACAAGAGUGUCGGUGACUCCAGCUUGUUCAACACAGCUGAUCAGCUUCACACCUGCAACUGGAUCCGCAGUCACCUGGAGGAACAUUCUGACACAUGCCUGCCCAAACAGGACGUGUACGAGACGUACAGGAGACACUGUGACAACCUGCAGCAUCGUCCUCUGAGCGCUGCCAACUUUGGGAAGAUCAUCAGAGACAUCUUCCCCAACAUCAAGGCUCGACGUCUGGGCGGCAGAGGACAGUCCAAGUACUGUUACAGCGGAAUCAGGAGGAAGACGGUUCUCAACAUGCCUCUGCUGCCAAACCUGGACCUGAAGAGUGACCCGGCGGAGCUGACGGAGCUGGUCCAGACGUACAAACAGGAAGUGACGGAGGCAGCGUGCGAGCUGAUCUGUGAUUGGGCGCAGAAGAUCCUGAAGCGCUCGUUCGACACAGUGGUGGAGAUCGCUCGCUACUUGAUCCAGGAGCACAUCGUCAACCCUCGCUGCUCACAGGCUGAGCUCGUCACGUCAGCCACACUCGCAGGAGGUCCGGCCAAACCCCACAAGGUAAUGAAGAAGGUCGCGGUCCCGUCCCGAGUGGAGGCCGACCCUGCAGAUCAGAAGAAGGAACCCGGAGACUCGCUGAAGGUUCCACCCGGAGACAAGUCGGCUGCCACUGUCGCCGCCAAGCCUUCCUCCCUGGACGCUCCGCCCCCUCCCUCCUCGUCCUCCUCCUCCUCCCUGCGUCCUGCGGUGGAGGCCUUCAUGAAGCAGUUACCCAGGAUCCUCCCUCGCAGCUCCAUCCCCGAUAAGACCCAGCUCUCCGUCCGCUCCUCUCCGCCCUCGCUAGCGCCUAAAGACGCCUCAGGAGUCGGGGGGGCUUCUGGGCCUGGGGGUCCGGCCGCCGCCGUGGCUGCCAGCGGGGGUGGGGUGAAGGUCAUUGCUAUGGCGACGCUGCCCCAGCAGCAGGGCGGGCCCGUCCCGGUGAUGAUCUUGCCUCAGGGCUGCCUGUCCUACGAGAGAGAGAAGGUGGCUCCGCCUCCAGCGCCGCCUCCUGCUCAGCAGCAGCACGCCGCUGCAGCCCCAACCUCCGUGGUCCAGAAGGCGCGAGGGAACAUCAAGCGCCCCCUGGAGUUGUUGACAUCAGGCGGGGCAGCGGGUGUGUCGGCUGGCUCCGCCAAUGCUCCUCCGGUGAAACGGAAACGUGGACGACCAAGAAAACCUCGGCCGGAGGAUGCCCUGCCUGCUCCUCCCCUUCCUCCUCAGGCCCCGCCUCCUGCCCCUCCCUGCCACCCCCCCAUCAUCACCUCCCUGACUGGCGGCGUCAUCCAGAAAGCCUCUUCCUCCUCGUCCUCCUCCUCGCAGCCGGUGCUGGAGCUGGUUCUGAGUCAGCUGCCCGCGGUGUCGGAGCAACGCGGCAUGGUGGUGCAGUGUCAGCCGGGCGGAGCGGUGGAGCGGGACCGCCACGCCCGGCCGCUGCUCCUCCUCCAGACAUCAGGGAACCCAAGCUGGGAGUUGGCCGCAGCGGCGGGACGGACCCCCAUGGUGGAGGUGAUCCAGAAAGCUCCGAGACCGAACAACAACAACAACAACAGCGCCACUGCUCCGCCCGCAGCCCACCUCCACCUGCCUCCCCCCCCUCCUCCCCCCCGACCCACGCUGCAGGAGGAGCGUCAUGUCAACCUGCCAACCCCCCCCUCCCCCUCCUCCUCCACUGUGGUGAAGAGCGAGGAGGAUGCAGGGCCAGAGAUCAGCAGCACCUCCUCAAAGAGAGAGGGACACUAGCUCCCUCCCUCCUCGGCCCUACCCCCUUACCCCUCCUCUUCCCUAUUGGUGGAAAUCCCAGAUUGCAGACAGCAGACAGCCAAUCGUGGAGGAUGAAUGAAGCCACGCCCCCAACACGCCCCUUUGCACUUGUAAACAGACACUGUUAGACGUGUGUGUGUUUGUGUGUGUGUGUGUGUGUGUGAGAACUGUGGCUGUCACCAGGAUGACGACUCCUCUGUUACCUGGUGUCCUUCCUUCCUUCCUUGUCUCCUUGAGUUUUGCUCGUUGGGUGCUUCAGAUUAAUACAUUAACAGAAAAAAUAAAAGAAUGAAAGAAAAGAGGAAGGAGGAAGGGAGCAGGGAAGGAGAUGUGUUGUGGAGUCUUACGGGUCUUUGUGUUAAAGCUUCAGUUCACAUCACAGAGUCUCUGAGACUUUAGGCAAUAAACAGAUUAUUUAUUCUCCAACCUGGAAAAGACGAAAAGACGGAAAGACAGGAGGAAGAAAAGAUGAGAGGAAGAAAAGACGAGUGGACAGUUAGUGAUGUCACUGAUGAUGUUUGGCGUCGUCGUCGAGUUUGUGUGUGUGUGUGUGUGUGUGUGUGUGUGUGUGUGUGUGUGUGUGUGUGUGUGUGUGUGUGUGUGUGUGUGUGUGUGUGUGUGUGUGUGUGUGUGUGUGUGUGUGUGUGUCAGUCCUGAGACCACCAGAGCUUCAGGUCCAGUGAAGUGACACUGAACAGACUGUUGAAAUACCUGUUGCAUGAUGGGAAAGUGAGUUUUUUGAACUGAGUUUUGUUUAGCUCACAUGCUAACUGCCACACGUAGCGCUGACGAAGCUCGUGUGAAGUUUCCUCAGAUGUGAAACUCGCGACAAGUUGCACUGAUCAGAAGUUUAAACCAGAGGUCUCUGUAGGUUAUGAAUAUGAAUAUGAGUAUGAGAAGAACCAACUGCAGGAUGUGAAGCAACAUUUCACUUGAUGAGCAACGUGGCUUCAGAUCAACUUGUUGUCUGAAGACAGUCACAUGACUUUACUCAGACUGAGGGACUCGUGGUCUUCAUCAGGACUGGAUUCAAGACUGGGGAUGACUCAAGGGUCGGGCUCGUUGGUCUUGACUUGGGACUUGUUUUAGGACUAGUUUUGGGACUUGUUGGUCUUGACUUGGGACUUGUUUGGACUUGUUUUAGGACUUGUUGGUCUUGAAUUGGGACUUGUUUUAGGACUUGUUGUGGGACUUGUUGGUCUUGACUUGGGACUUGUUUUAGGACUUGUUGGUCUUGACUUGGGACAUGUUUUGGGACUUGUUUUGGGACUUGUUGGGACUUGUUUUAGGACUUGUUGGUCUUGACUUGGGACAUAUUUUGGGACUUGUUUUGGGACUUGUUGGUCUUGACUUGGGACAUGUUUUGGGACUUGUUUUGGGACUUGUUGGUCUUGACUUGGGACAUGUUUUGGGACUUGUUUUGGGACUUGUUUUAGGACUUGUUUUAGGAUUUGUCUUUUGGGACUUGUUUUGGGACUUGUUGGUACUGACUUGGGACUUGUUUUAGGAAUUGUUUUGGGACUUGUUUUGGGACUUGUUUUGGGACUUGUUGGUACUGACUUGGGACUUGUUUUAGGACUUGUUUUGGGACUUGUUUUGGGACUUGUUGGUACUGACUUGGGACUUGUUUUAGGAUGUGUUUUGGGACUUGUUUUAGGACUUGUUUUAGGACUUGUUUUGGGACUUGUUUUAGGACUUGUUUUGGGACUUGUUUUAGGACUUGUUUUGGGACUUGUUGGUACUGACUUGGGACUUUUUUGGGGACUUGUUUUAGGACGUGUUUUGGGACUUGUUUU